AUGGGCGGCGGCGGAGGCCACGACGAGGACCUGCUCUACGUGCUGCUGAGGAUCCAGAAGGAAGGUGCGCUCCAGUUUCCGCUCGACAUGGACGUCAUCAAGUCCGUCAUCUUCGACGUAUUCGGCGCUGGCAGCGAGACAUCAGCUACAACGCUGGAGUGGGCCAUGGCGGAGCUGGUCAAGAACCCCAGGGUCAUGCAAAAGGCAACGGCGGAGCUGCGGCAAACUUUCCAUGCCCGUGGUACAGUGACUGAGCAUGCUCUAAGAGAGCUCACUUAUCUACACCUUGUCAUCCGAGAGACGUUGCGAUUACACACACCCCUACCGUUGUUGCUCCCGCGCGAGUGCCAGGAAUCAUGCCAGGUGUUGGGAUACGAUGUGCCACGUGGCACGCAAGUGAUCGUCAAUGCCUGGGCGUUGGGCCGCGAUGAGCGCUACUGGCCCGGCGCGCCUGAGGAGUUUCGACCAGAACGGUUUGAGGGGGAAGCGGCGUCGGACUUUGGGGGUGGCGACUUUGCGUUCCUUUCAUUUGGCGCUGGCCGGCGGAUGUGCCCUGGGAUGGCGUUAGGCCUCGCCAACGUGGAGCUCGCACUCGCGAGCCUGCUCUUCCACUUCGACUGGGAGUGCUCAGGGCCAAGCUCGGAGCUCGACAUGACUGAAGCAUUCGGCCUCACCGCGCGGCUUAACAACAAGCUUCUAUUGCGCCCUGUUCUCCGUGUGCUUGUUCCUAGGGUCUAG